CGUUGAUACUAAUUUCAGAUGACGAAACUACUAGAAUGGGUGUCCGGUGUGGUUGUAUUCCUCUCUGUAUGGGUUGCGCUUCUCACAGGACAAUUUGGUGAUAUAGAAGAUAGAAAACAGUUGGUCUUAUUCUCACCACUAAUAGCCGUAGCUAUGUUUGGUAUCUACAGUAUCAUUGUUAUUGCGUACAGAGUUGCGACAUUUAACGAUUGUGAGGAGGCCGCUGCAGAACUUCAGAAACAGAUAACAGAGGCUAGAGAAGAUCUUAGAGACAAAGGGUUCAAGUUCCAAGAGUAAAGGAGGCCAUGCUCCUUCAUCUUGACCUCUAACCAGCCUCUCUCCCUUGUAGAGUUCUAGAUUUCUAAUUAUUCUCAAUUGUUAUUAUAUGUCAACUCACUGUCAUUAUCACAUCUGUUUAUAUAUUUAUUACGUCAAGUAUUAAUUGUUACAUUUUUUACAAAUUGUGUUUUUAGAA